AUGAAGGUCGUUAUUGCGGAUAAAGACAGCAGCAAGCUGAUCGAGAUGAAACAAAAUCUCGGAAGUGCGCUUGCCACUCUUGAGAUGGAUGUUGGUCGAGCCGAAGAUUGGAUUCGGCUCCAGAAGCUUGUCGAUGGUAAUUUUCAGGGUCGUCUUGAUUUUCUUUUCCUGAACGCUGGCAUCCAACCCUCGUCUAGAUGGGAAGACACCUCGUCCUUUCAGACUAUCUUCGACGUCAACUUGUUCGGCGUUGUUCACGGCAUUUCCACCUUCUUGCCAACGAUCAAGGCCACGCCUGAUUCUGCCAUAGUCAUCACCGGAUCAAAGCAGGGCAUCACCAACCCGCCUAGCAACCCUGCAUACAACGCAAGCAAGUCAGCUGUCAAGUCGAUCGCGGAGCAUCUGUCGUACGAUCUUAAUGAUACAACAACCAACGUGCAUCUUCUUGUGCCAGGUUGGACAUUCACGGGCUUGGGCCGGAGCAACGCUCAAUCAAGUGGCGAGAAGCCCGCCGGUGCUUGGACCUCAGAGCAGGUUGCCAACUACCUGGUCGAGAAGAUGACUCAAAACGAGUUCUACAUCAUUUGCCCCGACAAUGAAGUUACCGAGGAGAUGGAUGCCAAAAGAAUAGCCUGGGCCGCACAAGAUCUGGUACGCCGCCGCCCGCCUCUGAGUCGAUGGCGGGAGGAGUUUAAGGAAGAAUUCUCGAACUGGAACGCCACUUAA